ACCUGGAUACCAAGCUCUGCUUCCUCUGAAGAACUGCUCCUUUAGUUCAUACCAUUGAGUGGAGCUGAACUUUGGUAUUGGGAACACACUGAAAUUUAGUGGCUUGUCAUAAAGGGUAGAAAGCUGGUUUUCACCAGAGACAUGUAGUCAGCCAGUGGUGUUCUCUGCAAGCCCAAUUGUGUCAGCCCAGGAGCCCCUGGUGGUCUUUGGUCCCAGCCUUUGAGCUCCAGCAGUGCCCUUCCUUCCAUCUGUCAGAGGAAACGGAGGCACCAAGUGCCUGGGUAGGAGCUGGGUUGCAAACACCUGAAUGAGGGGAUGUCAGGUGGGGUGGAAAUGUACCACAAAUGUCUGCUAUCACAGCAUCUGAGGUGUGACACUCUGUAGUGUGAUUCAUUGCAGUUGCUUUGGGGGUUUGCUGUGGGCUGUCUGGUUCGGGUAUCUGUGGCUCAAAUAAUAAAUUAAAUUUCAGUUUUUCUUAAGGUGGGUCUACCUACAGCCUCAUUCUUGUGGCUUUUGCCUCUUUCCUGAUGCUCCUUUGUGCUGCUUCAAGUCUCUAGGAGCCUUGACUCUAGUGAAUAAUCCCAGACAACUUUAAUGGUUUAUAACGGCCCACAUUUCUCCCCUGCUCAUAUGGGCUGUGACUUUCUCACUGGGAAGGGGUAGCCUAACUGUUGUCCUGUCCUUCCUUUUGGGUCACAUCCCUCUCCUGUCUGUAAGGUGUUUUGAAGAACAAGCCCACCAUGAUGCUUUGAUCCCUGCUCCAUCCUUUCUGCAUCCAGAGCUGAUCCAGAGCUGUGGCACAAACGCUGCAGGAUGAUGGUGCCUGGCAAUUGCAUUGGAGCUGGAAACCCAGGAUUUAUGUGCCCUGGUGGAGGACCUUUAGGUGGAAGAUGAAAGUCUGGCAGGUUCACUUCCCUGAUGUUGAACGAGUGGAGUGGCUGAACAAGGUCCUUGUACAGGCUUGGCCAUACUUUGGAACAAUCAUGGAAAAAACAUUUAAAGAAGUUCUUGAACCAAAAAUCAGAGCAAAGAGUGUACAUCUGAAAACAUGCACCUUUACCAAGAUCCACUUUGGCGAGAAGUGCCCUAGAAUCAAUGGAAUAAAAGCCUACACCAAAGAAAUUGAUAGAAGACAAGUUACCCUAGACCUACAGAUAUGUUACAUAGGGGACUGUGAGAUUCACAUGGACAUAUCGAAAUUUAAUCUUGGCGUGAAAGGUGUACAGUUGUAUGGGACGUUGCGAGUGAUCCUGGAACCUCUCCUAACCGAUGCACCUUUUGUUGGAGCAGUGACCUUGUUUUUUAUGCAGAAACCGCAUCUGGAAAUCAACUGGGCAGGCAUGAGCAACCUCCUGGAUGUCCCAGGGAUUAAUGUAAUGUCAGACUCACUAAUUCAAGACUUCAUUGCUGCACGGCUGGUUCUACCGAACAGGAUCACAGUGCCUCUGAAAAAGAACAUGAACAUUGCCCACUUGAGGUUCCCUGUCCCCCAGGGAGUAAUAAGGGUUCAUCUGUUAGAAGCUGAAAACCUUGUCCAGAAAGACAAUUUCCUUGGUGCCAUCAGGGGGAAGUCUGACCCGUACACUCUCCUCCGUGUUGGCACUGUGCAGUAUCGAAGCAAGACAGUCUCCCGAGAUCUUAAUCCCAUUUGGAACGAGACAUUUGAGUUUGUUGUUCAUGAAGUGCCUGGUCAGGACUUAGAAGUGGAUUUGUACGAUGAAGAUCCAGAUAAAGAUGACUUUAUGGGCAGCUUGCUGAUAGGCCUAGCAGAUGUAAUGAAUGACAGAACUGUUGAUGAGUGGUUUCCCUUAAGUAAGACGACAAGUGGACACUUGCAUUUAAAACUGGAGUGGCUUUCACUAGUAAAUGACCAAGAAAAGCUACAUGAGGAUAAGAAAGGUCUGUCUACAGCAAUUCUGAUUGUCUACUUGGACAGCGCCUUCAACCUUCCUAAAAACCACUUUGAGUACUCGAAUGGUGAAUGUGGAGCAAAGAAGAUAAAAAAUAACAAGUACCUCAAGAAGAUGGAACGAGAACCUUCCUCCUUUGUCCUGCUCACAGUUGGGAGCAAGACUCAGAAGAGUAAGACCUGCAAUUUCAGCAAAGAUCCCACGUGGGGCCAGGCUUUCACCUUCUUUGUCCACAGUGCUCAUUCCCAGUCACUCCACAUUGAGAUAAAAGACAAGGAGCGGGAUAGUGCCCUGGGAACUUCAGUGGUAUGUCUCUCCCACUUACUUAAGGACCCAAACAUGACUCUGGAUCAGAGAUUCCAGCUGGACCAUUCCAGUUCAGACAGCUUCAUUAAGAUGAAACUUGUACUGCGGGCACUGAAUGUUGAAGAGCCUGAUCCACAAAGAGUCAAGGCUGGUGUCAAUGCCUCGAAGCCAGGUCCUGUGCGUGUCACGGAGAAGGCUGGAAACCAGCAGAAGUUUGCCUCUCCACCACAAGUCUCAAAAGUACCUCCGAUGAGCAAAGAUUCUGCAGCACUUGAAUCUCUGCCAAAAAAGGACAGUGGAGAAGACCUGGACACUAAAGACAGUUCAGCAGCCCCUGUACCAAGUGAAACUGUGUCUGGCCUUGAUGAAGCAGAGGGCAAGCAAAAUGCAGAGCAUGGCCCACCGUCAGCAUUGCCCAGCGGAGCAGCGGCCGUGCCCACACUGCCUGUCCUGCAGGAGAUGAGGCUGGCACCCAGUGUCACUUCACUGGGGUCCCUGCCUUCUUCCUGCUUUGAAUUAAGUAGCAGCAAUCUGGACAUUCAUAACAGGACUGAGAUGCCUCUGGGGGAGAUCCAGCUGACCGUGCGUUACGCUUCCAUUCAGCAGAGCCUCGUUGUGCUGGUCAACGGCUGCAGAAACUUGGUACCCUCUUCCAAUCGCGGAGUGGAUCCGUAUGUUCGUAUAUACCUGCUUCCAGACAGAAGAUGGACAAGCAGGAAGAAGACAUCUGUUAAGAAAAAAACUCUGAACCCCCAAUAUGAUGAGAAGUUUGAAUUUUUUGAAUCUUUGGAAAAUGUCAAGAAAAGGUCACUGGACAUUGCAGUGAAAAACAGCAGGCCCUUCAUUUCACAGGAGAGGAAGGAGCUGGGGAAAGUGCGCAUCGACUUGUCCCAGGAGGAUUUAAUAAAAGGUUUUGCACAAUGGUAUGAGCUGACAAGGGGCAGACGCAGGAAAAUCUGAUUUCUUCUCAUGUACAUAAGUUACUAAUUUUUCAACUUUAUAUGAAUGUACAUAGCUCUUGUAAUUAACAUGUUUUGCACAGUCAUUGCAAAUUUGAAGCAGGCUCCAGCUCAGGACAUGCAAAUUUAAUGAUCCUGUUAGGGGAUUAGUUCUCACUGAAGUUAAACAUAUUUUCCCCCACAUAGGGAAUAAUUUGUCCUUAAAGAGUAAGUCCUUUAUUCUUGCCAUUUCUGGCAAAUCCCCCCUCAAAGGACGUCUAAGUGUGAAUCCUCUCUUAAAGAAGGGUUGUACCUGGGGAUAUUUUAGACUGUCAGCCAAGUGUCAUUACUUUGCUUGGCAGUCUGAUGGCCCUAGGAGCUUGUUCAUGUUGUUUUAACAUGGAAGUGUUGUACUUUUAAAAGAAUACAAUUUGAAACAGCAUUCUUCAGCUGUAGGGCUACAGAACCUGUUAAAAGAGAAACUCUUUAACACUAAUAGCAAUUAUUUUUUGAGAAACUAAGAAGUUGGUAUUCCACUGUUCAGAAGUACCUUAGCAGACUGUGGCUGCAGGUAUGUAAAUAAUGAGCUUCCAAAAGCAGGGAGAUUAAUUUACCAUGAUGUCAUUAAGGUUUUAGUUUGUGACACCUUAACAGGUUUUGUCCUUUGUUACAGUACAUUUCAAAACCUCAUAAACCCAGAUUCUGUCUGAGGAACAGCAAAGUUUUGUAAACUAAGCUUUAUUAAUAUUGAGGCAAAAUAUUUUUGGAAGCUUGGUGUACUUGUUUCUGUACAAUAAACUUCUAAUUGUCUUGCA